AUGGGUUUCUUCCGCCUCGGUGUCGCUGGCAAAACAAACCACCUCUGUGGUGGGCGAAAAGAGGACGCGACGGCUGCGGGGAUUAUCGGGCCGCAGAUGGGACGGGCUGUUUUUAAGUAUGGAUGCAGGGUUCUGCGGCGUUACCAAGCUGUCAAUCGGCAGAAGCGGUAUGCUGUCGGCGCCAGUGGCUCGGCCUAUGGGGGUGGAUGUGUCAAAGGACAUGAGAUGCAAGAUGAAUUGAAUCGCGCGUGCGAUGGAUGUAAUGCGCAACAGCGCAGACUGCACGCGCACACCAUGAAGCAGCAUCUCUUGCAGCAGCUCCAGUCGUAUCGAUGGGAGGAAUCAGAGGAUCAAAAGGGAGGAAAGCCAGAUAAUCAUUCAAGAAGUGUGAUUUCAGAUGAAGUAGUGGAAGGUGGGCUGACUGGCUUAGAGCACACACAAACAGAAAAUGGAUUAGCUAACCAUAGUGAUCUGAGCAAUCCCACUUGCGACCUGAACAAUCUUGCUGGGCAAACUAAACUGGCUGAUAUUCCUGGCCUUGCUCUCCCAGAAGAUAUGGUCGAUAUUCCAACGCGACCCUCCAAAACAACGCUGUCACACAAAACUUUGCGGAAGCAAAGAAGCAGAAAAAUCGUGAGUCUGGCCGAUACAACAGCAGGCCCCGACCUUGCGCCGAUGAUCUCAGACUCGCUUCGUCUUCUCUUUAUUGGGUUCAAUCCCGGUGUCCAGUCUGCGCAGAUGCAGCACCACUACGCCCAUCCGUCGAAUCUUUUCUGGAAACUCUUCAAUCAGCUGGCACUUCUUCCACAAGUGGCGCAGGCGCAAGGCAUUCUGGACCACCCACUAGUGUUGGAGUUGUUCCAAGACGGAAAGGGGCUAGCAUCUUUCCGCGACGAUGGUCGUUUGGUUGACGUAGGCAUCGGGUUCACAGAUUUGGUACUUCGGUGUACUCGGGCAGCGCACCACUUGUCGCCUUCCGAAAAGACAGCGAACGUGCCGCGGGUGAUGCGUGAAAUCCGUCUGUCGAACGCUUCACACGUUGUUGUGGUCGGGAAAGGCGUGUGGGAAACUUUUGUGCGGGCAUUUACUGGAGACAAAAUCAGACACUUUGAGUGGGGACUACAGACAGAUGCGACCGCAAAUGCAUUCUAUAGACAGUGUGGGCGGCGUUUGCAGGUCUACUUGGUGCCAAGCACGUCGGGCCUUGUGGCGCUGAUGACGUUUGGCGAAAAGUUGGCCUUGUGGGUCGAGAUUGCGCGGUCGGUCAGCGAAGAUCUUAAAUAA